AUGAGGACUCUUCGCAGGUUGAAGUUCAUGAGUUCGCCCAGCCUCAGUGAUCUGGGCAAGAGAGAGCAGGCAGCCUUGGAUGAGCGGGGGACCCAGCAGCGACGGGCCUGCUCCAACGCUACCUGGAACAGUAUCCACAAUGGAGUAAUAGCGGUGUUCCAGCGUAAGGGUCUCCCGGACCACGAACUUUACAACCUCAAUGAAGGAGUCAGGCAAUUAUUGAAAACAGAACUGGGAUCCUUUUUCACCGAAUAUCUGCAGAAUCAGCUGCUUACAAAAGGCAUGGUGAUCCUAAGGGACAAGAUCCGGUUUUAUGAAGGGCAGAAACUGCUGGAUACCUUAGCUGAAACCUGGGAUUUUUUCUUCAGUGAUGUCCUGCCCAUGCUUCAGGCUAUUUUCUAUCCUGUGCAGGGGAAGGAGCCCUCGGUUCGGCAGCUGGCUCUUCUGCACUUCAGGAAUAUAAUUACCCUCAACAUUAAAUUGGAAGAUGCCUUAUCACGUUCCAGAGCCAGAGUUCCGCCUUCUAUUAUUCAGAUGCUGUUAAUACUCCAGGGGGUUCACGAGUCGAAAGGUGUGACUGAAGAUUAUUUGAAACUGGAAUCCCUGAUCCAGAAAGUCGUUUCUCCUUACUUGGGCACGUACGGUCUGUAUUCCAGUGACGGACCCUUCACGCACUCUUCCUGUAUCUUGGAGAAGCGGUUCUUCAGGCGUUCAAAAUCGGGUGACAUCCUCGCCAAGAACCCCGUGGUGCGAUCGAAAAGCUACAACAAUCCACUACUGACACCCGUGGCCGAGUAUGAAACCGAGGGCGUGGCUGCCAAUGGAACCGGCAUCCGAAGGCACUCUGUUUCGGAAAUGACCUCCUGCCUGGAGCUCCAGGGGUACUCCAACCUCACCACCAUCAUGGACAACGGCUCCAAGAGCUCCAUGACAGCUACGAAAAGCUCGCUAUCCGGAGACCAGGAGAGGCCCAGCACCGGCUCAGUGCAAUGCUCUAGCAAACUCAGCACGGUUGAGCAGCAGAAAGGACUCUUCCACUCGAUGGACGACCCACACAGGUCUUUUGAGCUGGACAGGGACCCUUCCUUGAUUCCAGUUCCCUCUUCCAGCCCUGAGAACAUAGUGGAUCAGAUUUUGGAGUCGAUCGACUCUGAUUCUGAAGGCAUUUUUAUUGAUUUUGGCCGAGGCCGUUCCAAUUCAUCAGCAUACAAUGUGGACGUGAACAGACAGAGCAUCAUGUGAAGGACAUUGGAAGACAAACCUUGGGUUUUAAUAUUAUAUAUGGAAGUUACUAAUGCGUUGAAUCAGACUAUGGGCAAGCUGUGUAUGUCUGGGGCA